GCCCUUCGCCUUAGUCCAUCCCCUCCCACCCCAAAUCCCCGCCCUCGUCUUCGUCUUCCUGAUCCCCGGCGUCCCCCAGACGGCGCGAUGAGGUUGGAGAAGUGCUGGUUCUGCUCCUCCACCGUCUACCCCGGCCACGGCAUCCAGUUCGUCCGGAACGACGCCAAGGUAUUCCGCUUCUGCCGAUCAAAAUGCCACAAGAACUUCAAGAUGAAGAGGAACCCUCGCAAGGUUAAGUGGACCAAGGCUUACAGGCGCCUGCGUGGCAAGGACAUGACGCAGGACACGACGUUUGAGUUCGAGAGGAAGAGGAACAGGCCGGAGCGCUACGACCGGAUCCUCACCGAGCAGACUCUGAAGGCCAUCCCGCUCAUCACCAAGAUCAGACAUGAACGGCAGAAGAAACACAUCACAGAGAGACAGAAGGGGGGUAAGAGCAUGUCACGGAAGAAGGACGCCAAGGAGCUGGAGCAGGAUCUUCAGAUGCUUCCUAAGAAGGACACCGUGGCCUAUGAAGCUACUAAGCAGAAGGUUAUCGUUUCCCAGCUCAAGACCGAAGAGAAUCUUAUGGAAGAGUAGUGGGAUGGAAAUGUUUUGGUGCUUGCAUGUUCUCAUGGUCCUUUGUAUGCAGUACUACUUUGGGUUCUGUAAGGUUGUAGACGGUGAUGACGUUUGUCUUCGACUGAGUACUAGCAGGUUUUGUGUGUGCUGUAAUGGUGCAGACUAUGGUUGGAUUUGUUACCUUACCGUUAAUAGAAUCGUGAACUUAAUCAGUCAUUGUUGGUGUGGUCAUUUUACUACAUGAAAAAUUCAGGCAGUUGUUGCUUUGGAAGAAUUCCAGCUUUGUCUGAAGGAUAA